AACUUUGCUAAGUCUAUCGAUUUUAUAUUGUGUUCUAUCUCAUCACUUACUAAGUUUUUCUUAUGAACAAUGCUUUCGCACAAACAGUAUCUUUUAAUCCCAAAAGUAUUUAUAUCUUAAAUGAACCAUAUACAUAGUGUUAAAUUACAGGAUUGUUGUCAAUAUUUGUAUAUCAUUAACUUUAGAUUUUUUUUCUACAUUGGUCGUUGAAUUUAUUGAGGUUAUGUUUCUGUCCUAGUGUUGUUUUUAAAAGGGAGAUAAAAAAUAUUUUAAUUAUAUAGUUUCAAUAAAAUCAUGCUUUUUGUCUAUGUAAGCAACAGUGUAUAUUUAUGGCUUUUGCCAAAAUGAAAUUAAAAGAUUGUGUCAUUAGUUUUGGAUCAUUUAUUUUAGGAUGUGUGAUAACUGUGAACCUUUUGAGCCUAAGUAUGAAUGAAAAAUCCAAAGGACAUCACUGCUCAGAAGAAUCAGAUGUUUCUCUAAAAAAUGCUAAAGAUAUUAAACUGUUUAGUGCAAUUGAUUACUUUUUGCUUGUAAUCAUUAUUAGUGGGGCAGAUAAUGUCAUUCAAAGGACUGCAAUAAGAGAAACAUGGGGUUUAUUAAAUAAAGAUUAUGCAGAUGUACAAUAUUUUUUUAUUAUUGGCAGCCAUGGCAUGUCAGAUGAAAAGAUUUCAAAACUGAAGAAAGAACAAAUAAAAUACAAUGAUUUGUUUCUUUUGUCAGUUACAGACAAUUACAAAACAUUAACCAUAAAAUUGCUACAUUCAUUUGUUUGGUUUGAUACAGAAUUCAAUUUUAAAUACAUACUAAAAUGUGAUGAUGACUCAUUUGUCUUAAUACCAAAAGUUGUCAACGAGUUACAAAACAAUCUAGCGCAAUAUGAGCAUUUAUAUUGGGGAUAUUUUGAUGGCAGAGCACACGUAAAACAAAUGGGGAAAUGGAAAGAGACCAAUUGGUUUUUAUGUGACCAUUAUCUUCCCUAUGCAUUAGGUGGAGGCUAUGUGUUGUCUCGAUCAUUGGUUCAUUAUAUAAGACAAAACCAACAUUUAUUAGGGACGUACCUGAGUGAGGACGUUUCAGUGGGAACCUGGCUGUCUCCACUAAAUAUCACCAGAUUUCAUGAUGUGAGAUUUGAUACAGAAUAUCUGUCUCGUGGUUGCAAUAACAGUUUUAUUGUUACUCAUAAGCAGUCACCAAAACAAAUGAAAGCGUUUUAUUCAAUGUUUAUUCAAACUGGAAAACUUUGUACAAAGGAAACUAAAACUCGAAAAUCUUACAAGUACAACUGGAACGUAUUGCCAACCAAGUGUUGUCUUCCAGAGGACCUACAAGAACCUAAGAAUAAACAGAAAGAGUUAAUCUAGACAUACCUCAAUGUAUUACGUUCUGGAUGUUGUGAAACUACAUGUGUGAUUUGAUCUAUUUUUUUAUUAACUGAAAAAGUUUAUAUUAAUAUACUUCAGUGUUUUACUUCUAAGUGUAUUAAACUGUAUUGUUAAACUGUGCGACUUGGUCAAUUUUAUAUUGUUGCAAUGGUGCUGAAUCUCACUUGCAAAUAAAAUGUACUUCUUUAUUCAAAGUUUGUUUUUAACGAUGGAAAAGUUGAAGGAUAAUUGGAUUUCAGACACUUGCCAUUGUCAUAUGUUUCAAAAUGUAUAAGAACUAUCCUCGAAACGUUGUGUUACAUAAAAUGUACUUAAGAUAUUUAUUUUUUGGACUCCAAUCUACUGCUUAUAUAAUUGUAUAAGAAAUAACAGAUUAAUAUGUACAAUAUAAUUCUUGUACUUUUUUACAAUUAAUAUUUGGAAUGUUUUUCUAUGAUUUUACCUUUCAACCUAUUACAAAUAUGUGAAAAAUUCAA